AUGUCCUUCCCCAACAUCUACACCCAUCGCAAGGUUGCCGAGACUGCGGCUAAGGGCUGCGAUGUAUGCUAUCGCGCUACAAGCAGCGUCCUCGUCGCGUCGGAGAAGAAGGACUUCUUCUACGUGUGCCCCAGCCAUCUGAAGGACAAGAACUUCUGUUCCCCCAUAAUCGACAAAGAGGCUGUGGAAGCAAGAAAGAAGAAAGAGCUCGAAGACGAAGUGGAGCGCGUUAAGAAGGAGUACGAAGAGAAGCAGAAGAAGAAAAAGGAAAAGGAAGAAAAGGACAAGAACGCGGACAAGGGCAAGGACAAGGAGAAAGAUAAGGACGACAAGACAAACGACGACAAGAUAGAAGACAAUGCUAAACCCCAACAAAAGGUGUCUCCUGAGUCUUCGAUCAAGCGCGGCUGCCACUGCACCGAGGCCCAAAACUAUGACUGA